CACCAAUUUUCCAUUCUACUUUUUUUUCUCGUGGAAAAUUGUUUUUAACCAUUUCGACGGUUGGGUCUAUAAAAUCCAAUGCUCUCCAUCUCCUCUAGCAGCCGCCAACGCCGGGGCCAGGAAGAAUCAUCAAUUCCAUUCCUCUCCAUCUCCCCUAGCAGCCGCCAAAUCGACGAGAAGCAGCCGAGACCAUACGACCUCCGCGCCUCAGAUUCCACGCCCUACGAGUCAUCGCAAUGGCGAAGAAGCAGCGUAGGGAGGCGAGCGCGAGGCGGCGCCGGGACCGCCACCACGACCGGUGGCUGCCACGGGACGAACGCUGCGUCUCCUGCACCACGUUCAACAUUCUCGCGCCGAUCUACAAACGCAUGGACUCUGAGAAUUGCAGGGAGAGCCAGUACAGGGCCUACUGGUUCAGCCGCAACGAGAAGAUCAUUGACCGUCUUCUUGCUGAUAGCUCGUCCAUCAUCUGUCUUCAGGAGGUUUGGUUGGGAAACGAUGAGCUGGUGGACAUGUACCAGAAGCGGCUGGGUGACGCCAAUUACACGCUCUUUAAGCUUGCACGCACCAACAAUCGUGGAGAUGGUCUACUUACUGCUGUACAUAGCAGCUACUUCAAUGUUUUGAAUUAUCGGGAGCUUCUCUUCAAUGACUUUGGUGAUCGAGUGGCUCAGCUGUUGCAUGUUGAGUCAGCGAUGCCCGUCUUGCAAAACCGAAGCACCAGAUGUGUCCAGCAGCAGAGCCUCAUUGUCAACACCCAUUUAUUAUUCCCUCAUGACCACAGCCUUUCAGUAGUCCGCCUGAGACAGGUAUAUAAGAUCCUUCAGUAUAUAGAGGCUUACCAGGAAGAGAAUAAACUUGGUCCAAUGCCAAUCAUUCUAUGCGGGGAUUGGAACGGAAGUAAACGUGGCCAAGUUUACAAGUUCCUUCGUUCGCAGGGGUUUGUUUCAUCAUAUGACACUGCUCAUCAAUACAGUGACGGCGAAGAAGAUGCGCACAAGUGGGUGAGUCAUCGUAACCAUCGAGGCAACAUCUGUGGAGUUGAUUUCAUUUGGCUUCUCAAUCCGGAUAAGUGCAGGAAGCCCCUGAAAACCAGCUGGAAUGAAGCUGUCUUUGGUAUCAUCAAGUACCUCCUUCUCCAAGUUGCAUUUCUUUCCGAGGAGAAUGCAUUUGCGCUCCUCAAGGCAGACAGCCCUGAUGAUCACAUCACAUAUUCAAGUUUCUACCAGGCACUCUCUCAGUUAGGAAUGGUCCAUGCUGAUCGCCUAAAUUCAGAAGAAAUUGAAGAUCUAUGGGGUGAAGCUGACCGUGAUGGAGAUGGUGUUAUUGACUACAAAGAGUUUCAGUGCAUCUGGAGCCCAAACUGCUGCAGUCAAGAGGAGGAUGAUACCGAAAUCGACAUCACUGACGAACGCAUAGAUACUUUUGAGGCAAAUGAUGGAGCCUUUGGCUUUACCGUGAAGGAAGCUGUUCUCUUCCCACCAGAAGUAGAGAGGGGCAUGUGGCCAGAGAAUUACAGUCUCUCGGAUCAUGCCCCCCUCACUGUGGUGUUCUCCCCUGUUAGAAUGCCCUGCUCUCCACGCACUCCUGGGACUCUCUAGCCAUCGAAUGUCAAUGUUCACAUGCAUACAUAUACAAUUACUGUACAGCAGUAGGUAUGGCGGGGGACAUAGUACACACAACUCAGAGGCCGAGAUUUAGGUACCCAAAGUAGUGACUAGAGGCGAGAGAAUAUUUUUUGGGUUCAUGUCUACGGUUGCUACUGGCCAUUUUUUGAACAGCGUGCUUCUGCUUGUUGUUACCUAUACGUAUCUAAUCCUUUUUCCAUUUCUCAAUAAAUGUAAAUUUCCUACUUGCAAAUUUUGGACCGAGUAAAAUUUGUAGCAGAAAUCGUUCGGCUUA